AUGGUAGAUCAAGUGGUAAAGUGUGAAAUAGAUGGAAAUGGAGUGCCUCCAACAUCGUCAGCGGUGAGACUCGCUAAUUCGAAUGUUGCGUUUGGACAGAUGGAUCUGCUCGAUUGGAAGGUGGACGGAGGUAGAUUCCUGCUUACCAGCGGAAUAUUGAGUGAUCCAAUUGUGAACUGUGCUUGUCCUAGUGGAAGUGGGGAUCAGCGAACUAUCCACAUGUUCUCUAGGACGAUGAAAUGCGAAACGACUAUCCCAUCGAUCUGCACAUACGAAGCUCGUGCAUCGGAAGCAACAAUUAAAAAUCUAUUGAUAUUGUCUUUAAAGUCUAUUGUCAAAGAUAUUGAGUGCGAUAUCAUAAGACUUUUCGGGACGAUCAAAAGUCAUAUCAUCAUGUCAUCGCAAAGCUUAGACUAA